CCCAAUCUAUCCUCAGUUCAGAACGAGCCAGCUCCAACUCAUCACUGGUCAUUACCAAAAAGGCUUCCUUUGCGAGGGAAGGGAGCAACGGCUGCUAGGGCAGGGCAUUCCGGGAAGUUGUUUCAGACCUCCCUGACUGUCGCGUGUGGUAUAGGGCGGCAGGUCAGGGCUUGCGUUCCACCUGGGCUUGACCCCCAGCUCUGUCACCGUAAGCCAUGCGAUCUUGGGCAAGUCGCCCCACCUGUUGUGAUGCUGCCUCUUGGAAAUGGGGCUGAACGCCCUCCCGUGGGGGGCUGAGAGGCCCGCCUCAUACGCGUGAAAGGCAUGUCCCCGGGGCUUGGCGCAUCAGGAAGCCAUCUGGCUAUCGGAAUGGUGAACCCAUCCGCUUUCUAGCUGUGUGGCCUGGGCACAAUCUCAGCUUUUCCAACAGUUUUUUUGCCUGAAAAAGUGGGACUAACAGUACCUACGAAGCAGGUUUACUGUGAAGAUGAAAUACAACCGUGUGUGCGUAAAGCUCUUAACUCAGAGCCUGGCACAUCGCCAGCACUCCCCAGGCUCCCCGACAUUUCCACGCUCCUCCCCAGGUUGGGGUCCAAGUGGGGCCAGGACCACCAAAUCCGUUUCCUGCCUUCAGGAGCAAUUAACUUCCAUGUUAGAGACAGUAGCAGGGUGUCCCAGCUAAACAGCUUAGCUAAACCAUUUAUUAUCAAGUUGAAAACCAAGGGAGAUUGAUGCUUUUACUUUUCUACCCUAUGGCUGAGAUGAUACGGCCCAAGGAGCAAUAAUUAUAAAUGAACACUGAACCCCAAAUCGCUUGGCUCUCCCGGGGCCACCUGGGCACGGCCCUGCCAUCCAGCAGUGGUGGCAUCGCAGUGCUCAGCUGCCUUGGCAUCAGAUCCAGGGAACUGCAGGACAGUGAGAACCAGCCUAAUUGGUUCAAUCAGCUCCUGAGUCUGCUAAUAAAAUACAGGCCUGGUCCCUGCCACCGUGUGGAAGCCGGGCUCACGACUGCCGCGCAGGCCUGGGGAGUCCUGCUGACGAGCUGUCCUGCGUGCCGUGUGCAGACUUUAACUUCUUCCUCUUUCCUUGGGUCAGAUGCUGAGCCCUCACUCCCUGGCCUACCUCCUUCUCCUGCCGCUGGGCCCCUGCUUUCCUCCGCGGGACACAGGAGGACCCUCAGACGCCCUGGGUAUGAUCGGAGCCAGAGCGAGCUGGGCCAGCCUGGCCGAGGGGCCCCGACCCGCUUUGUGGGGCUCCUCUCGGUGGUCGAGAGCUCCACGGCCACAGGCCCUGCUUGGAGCCCAAGGGGCUGCGGCUUCGGGCAGAGAGCAUGCUGGCUUCAGGUUCCGCUUUGGGAGGCAGGACGAAGGCAGAGAGGCCACCAGCUUCUGGGCCAGCGUCCUGUUAGGGAACCUGGCUGAGGAGCUCAAUGGCUACAGCAGGAAGAAAGCGGCUUCCGCUUCGGCCGGCGGUAGGGCCAGGGCGUCUUGGAAGUGUUUCUUUGUGGACUCUCCCUCUGUCUGUCUUCAUUCCCAUCUUCGCCUCCAGCCUCAAAGACCAAGACACCGAGAAGAUGCAGGCAUCAUAAUGCACAACCAGCGGGAGCACUGGUUAGGUGUUUGCUUACUUUUGAUUUCCAACUUUGCCAAAGCAAAAAACUACGUGGUGUCAAAAAGGAGGUGGCCAAAGGCAAGCUGCGUCGUGCUUAUGAAGGCAACGCUGUAGUUGUUCCAGCUCACCCAGACCCGUCGUCUCAGCCUGCCCCCUCCCCUGGACGUCAGGUUCUGAGCAGCCCCGUGACCCCAGUGGCGUGGACACCAGGCUGCAGUUGGGCCGUGAAUAUGAACAGGCAGAGAGCAAGGCAGCAGACUCACUACAGUGGUCAUCAAAGCUUGGCAGCCUCCACAGGGACGUCAGUAGCUGACAUCCAAAGUACAUCUGUGAAUAUUCCCUGAGUGCAGAGUAUGGUUCCGAAAGUUAAAAAGAAAAAAAUAGCUCGUUCUCCAUCCUAUUAACACACGACCCCUCUGGCAAGAGCCCUCUGCUGUGGCCCGGAGAGCCCCUUCCGACAGCUGUCUUUCUCUGUGGUGCAGUGUCUGUCACCCCAGGAGUCUCCAGACAGAUGAACCAGGAAGGAAUACACUGUUGCUGUAGCAAGGUUGCAAUUCAAAUGUUCAAAUAUCGAUGUGCUAUGCCUCUUUUGAAAUAAAACUUGUAACAACUGCAAAACCAUAAUGGAAUGCUGGCCUCGUCCCUACAGGUUCUCUGUGCCCUGGAACUGGGUUUCCGGAGCUCUGAGCGCCUUCCCUUUGGGGAGGCACAAGUCCUACCGCACGUCCACACACACCUCUCUCCGAGAGCCCCUCGACUGACAGUGUCAGGGUACAGGGAGACGCAGCACGGGGUGCUUUCCUCCACUCCACUGCUCCUUCCCUGGUUUUCUCAGAACAAGGGGCAUUCAGGAAACAACCUCUCCGCCCCAGGAAGAGCCCAUGCUAAGCCGGAGCGGCCGCGGCCCCGGGUCCAGGCAGAGCGUCAUUUCAAAGGCCGCCUCGGUGUCUCCGCAUCACCCCGUGUCGGGCGCGGCGGCGGGCGCUGCUCACUGCCAGGCUGCUCCCACCGCUGCGAUGGGAGCGCACGUUGACGUUGCUAUGGCGACCGCUCCCCUCCUCCUUCCGAGCUGCAGCUUGCCCCUGUUCACAAUUGAAUAAUUUUCCAUUGAGCUGUCACAAUUAAUUGGUGGAUUUUUAUUAGCCUUUUAGAACCACACUGGGCUGGGCCCAGCUUGGCACCUUGGAGCAUUUCACAGUGUUUCCCUUCUAUUAGCGACUCACAUUCCCCAGAAGCAGCUCUCAAUCCUCCGUAGCCAGAAAGCCACUUCAUUAGGGGGUGACAGAACUAAGCCACAAAAGAACCAGCCUGACUGGGGAGCAGAGACGGUGGCGUGACGGGAAAGGAGCCUGGGUGUCGGAGCGGCACCCGGGGUUCCCACGCUGCCUUCUCCGGGCUCUCGCAGGUGCCCUGCAUCUUGGCUGCUGUGGCAGGGAGAAGAUGACAGCACCUGAGCGUGGGCCACGCCACUCUUCCUGGCUCCACCGCUGUCCAGUGAAGAGGGGAGUCACGGUGCCUCCUGCACAGGAUGUUGUCACCAGCAGCUAACGUGACACUGACAGGAAGGGACACAUCCCCAGGGUCCUUGCUGUAAGGACGGCGCUGGCAGUCACAGGAUGGACACACAGAUCCUCUUGGGGGCGGGGGUGCCCGUUCCGCGUGGCUGUUAAAGGUGGGAGGUGGUAACCUGGGUCCCUCCCUCCCCCAGCUCAGCCACGAACAUAAAGCAGCCAGAAAACAUGCCCAGCCAAGACCAGGUGACACACAACAGACCGAGGGCCAAGGGCAGAGCAACCCCCUGGAGCAAGGUCCCAAUUUCUACCUGCUCUGAUAAAGGACCCCACAGAGACAGCUUGAGAUCCUGGAGGACAGCAGGGCUGAGCUAUCCUGAGUGUCUUUACACACGCCUCAGGUACGCACCAGCCGGUUUUUGAUUCAGCAGGAUUGGAUUAACCUUGAUGGAGAAACAUGGGAUAAUGGAAACGGGUGAGGACUCCACAUGAGUGGGUGUACUGUCAUCAUGCUUUUACCAUUGAAAAAAAAUCAACAAGCUACUCUUUCCAGUUUGCU